UGUGGCGCAAAUAUAUUUUGUUUAUUAAAAAAAAGGAGGCAAAAUGGGUGUGGAAGAAAUUGAACAGAGUUUAGAAAAGUACUACAAUCGUGAGCAUGGUCUGGAGCAAGAUUCUGCCGUGGAUGAGGAUGGGUUUUCACAUAUUGUGGAGCCUUUUCAACAGAACGUACUCCACCUGUUGAAAAUGUUCAAAGUGCCUUAUUCCAAAAAAGAAGAUGAAGAUACCUACGAGGAUUAUUUACUAUCCGAUGAUGAAAGCGCACAAAAAACAAAAGGCAAAAAGAGGAAGCUGAUGGACAGUAAAGCUGAAUCGGGAGAUGAGGACGUAGACGAGCGCAUUGCUUCUAUAAAGAACAAACUGCGACAGAAAAAGAGGCCAACAACAGAAAGGCAACAGAAGAAGCGGGAGGCAAAGAAACUUAAGCGUAGCAAAGGAGUUCAAAAGUUACUGCAAACCACUGCGAAAACAUUGAAGAACGAAAACAUUAAGCAACAUAAAUUGAAGGGCGCUGUUGUCAAAAUGGAACACAACGGAGAUGCGGAUGCGGUGGACAGCAAGGAGCUAAUCCAGCCUGUCAAAAUAAAGCCCGUGUAUAAUGAAGAAGCUAAAAUCGUUUACUCCAAAAUCGAUUUUGCUGCCAAUCCAGGCUCAAAAGCCAAGAAGUCACACCAAAAUCCAAAAGAAAUAUUGAAAAAAUUGAAAGACACUCGUCAACACAUCAACGAAUUGAAGGAGCAAGGCGAAACCGACAAAGCUGCAGAGAUCCAAAACGAUAUUGCCUGGAAGAAGGCGUUCGAUAAGAUUGAGGGCAAGAAAGUUAAGGAUGACACAAAGCUCCUACAGAAGGCAAUCAAAAAGCGGAAGGUAGAGAAACGUGUCGCGAAGAAGAAGUGGACAGAUCGUAAGCAAAAGGUAGAGCACGAUAUUGCGAAGCGACAGAAGAAGCGACAGGAGAAUUUGGACAAGCGGAGUAAGGACAAGAAGAACAAGAAAAUGAAAAAGGCGAGCAAAAAGGGAAGAAUUAUAGCCGGCUUCUAAAAACUGUUGACAAUUUAAGGCAGUUUAACAACUCAAAUAAAAAUUGACAGACC